AUUGGCAUGAAAGCGGGGUGGUUGUUGCACGUAUGUGUACGGUCGGUGUUGUUUGUAUACAGAGAGCACAUUGAGUACGCAAUAGUUUUCUUUCAAAUCGAAUCCUUUUAUUGGUGGAUAUAUGUAUUGUAAUAACUGUCGAAUGCACAUUUGUGUUAAGUUUUAAGCAGGAAAGUUGAACAUAAAAUAACAUUUGAUGAUAAUAUUGCGUGUCUUUAACAAUGGAUGUUGAAAACGUCGAAGCAUCUGGAAGUGUUCCAAAUGUUGCUGGAGAUGCAUGUGGGGAUUCUAUGGUCACGGAUGGGAACGAAACCCCUGCAAGUGCCACUGGCGCAGCAGGUUUAGCCCAAGAAAGAGUUAAACGUAAAGCUAAAAGAAUUGUACGACAAAAUAGUCGAGAAAACGUGGCCUCAGGAGCGGUGUUACCACAACGUUCUUGGAAAAACAGCCGCAGACCUAGAAAUGGUCAUGGGAGAGGGCUGCCCAAAAAAGGUGGCGCGGGGGGUAAAGGAGUCUGGGGAUUACCAGGCUCAGAGCUUUUAGAAGAGUAUGAAGAUAUCAAUGAUCCAAACUUUGAUACUGAAUGUAUAAGUCACAAAGAUAUAGAGUUGAAGGCCGUUAUUCCUGAAGUUUCUGCAGAAGAAUUCUUGAAAAAGGCUGAACCCGUUAUUCUUGAAUAUUUUGAACAUGGGGAUACCCAAGAAGCUGCGCAAUCAUUUGAGGAGUUCAUAUUUGGACCUAGAAGAUAUUUGAUUACCCAAUUGGCUAUAGAACUAGCUAUGGAUCAUAAACCCUCUCAUCGGGAGAUGACCUCUGUUCUUAUUUCAGACCUUUAUGGAGUUGUGAUAAGUGAAAAAGACAUUGCUUAUGCAUUUGAGGAGUUGCUGAAAAAUUUGCCAGAUUUGAUACUAGACACUCCAGAAGCUCCAACACUGCUUGGUAAUUUUAUAGCAAGAGCUGUAGCUGAUGAUUGUCUUCCACCAAAAUUCAUUACGACUCACAGAGAAAAUCCAGCUAAUGAGCAUGCCAGCACUGCACUAAGUCGUGCAGAUACUCUUUUAUCCAUGAAACAUGGAAUGGUUCGUCUUGAUAAUGUUUGGGGGGUUGGUGGUGGUUUGAGACCAGUGAAAUCCUUGACCCGCCAGAUGAAUCUAUUACUUAAAGAAUUUUUGUCUUCGGGUGACAUUCAAGAAGCAAUUAGAUGUUUACAAGUACUAGAAGUUCCUCAUUUUCAUCAUGAGUUGGUUUAUGAGGCAGUGGUUAUAGCUAUUGAAGCAGUUAAUUCUAAUACUGAAGCACAAAUUUGCACAUUUCUCAAAGCUUUGGAUCAAGCAGUUAUCAUAACUCCGCAUAUGAUGGAAAGAGGAUUUCAACGAGUUUUUGAUGAUAUGGCUGACAUAUGCCUAGAUGUACCGCUUGCAUAUAUUAUGUUAGAUCGAUUUGUAGAGAGAUGUCAUAAUGCUGGUUUCAUAUCUGAAAAUGUUAUGAAGAAAAUGCCAAAUAGAGGUCGCAAACGAUUCGUUUCUGAAGGUGAUGGUGGACAUAUUAAAGAACACAACUUUGUAAGGGAAUAAUAUGCAUAUUUUUAUGUGUAUAUAUGUACAUGUAUAUAUAUAUAUAUAUAUAUAUAUAUAUAUAUAUAUAUAUAUGAGCAUAUAUAUAAACAGCAAAAUCAAGAGAUAUUCUAUAUUUGACCUGAUAAAAGUUCUGUAAAAUUUGACAUCAUAUUGAAUAUGCAAAUUAGGCGGCUUGUAUGGUAUUCAGAAACUAAAUUGAUUAAUCAUCAUAGCUAUUUUGUAUUUCUGCAUUUCGAACAUAGUUCAGAUGGUUUAUGGGAGUUCUAGAAAUUACCGAUUUGGUAAUUGUUUGUAAGUGUUUUUGAAUGAAAUUCUUUAUAUUUUAUUCAUAUCUUGUUAAAAUAGUAAUUAUAGUAUUUGAUUAUAUUUCAGUUUAUCCUAGUUUGAAUUUACUUAUUUUGUUUGUAAAUAUUUUGAUAAUGUAUAUCACAAUGUUGACG